UCUACUGCACAGACGAACCCGAGCUGUAUAAGGUCCACGAUAGACAAGGGAAAGAGAGAAGCCGUCGGACACCAUGGGUAAAGCUUCCUUGCCGUUCCCGAGUCUCGUCGUCCCCUUGGUUCUGCUUCUUCUGCCGCUCUCGCGCUCGGCGUCGGUGGUGACCCAUCUCCCCGGCUUCCAUGGCCGCCUUCCGUUCCACCUGGAGACCGGGUACGUCGGCGUGGACGAGGAGACGGGGGCGGAGCUCUUCUACUACUUCGUGGAGUCCGAGAGGAGCCCCGAAACGGACCCCCUGAUCCUGUGGAUGACGGGUGGGCCCUUCUGCUCUGGCAUGAUUUUCUUCGAAGUUGGUCCUAUGAAAUUUGUGUUGGCACCGUAUAAUGGUAGUUUGCCACAGUUGACCUAUAAUCCCUAUUCAUGGUCCAAGACAGCAAGCAUCAUCUUGUUGGACUCACCAGUUGGUACUGGUUUCUCGUACGCUCGUGAUGUAAAAGGUUAUCACGAUAUUGGGGAUUUUUCCUUUUCUAUGCAUGUCGUAAUAUUUCUCAACAAGUGGUUUACCGACCACCCACACUACCAAUCCAAUCCUUUCUUUGUUGGAGGAAGUUCAUAUGCUGGAAAGAUGUCUCCAAUUAUUGCACAACACAUUUCGCAAGAAAUCGAACUGGGGAAGCAACCCAGGAUUAAUCUCAAGGGCUAUGUAGUCGGCAACCCUGUUACAGGCUCAGAUUAUGAUGACAAUUUCAGAGUACCAUAUGCUCAUGGUGUUGGGAUUAUAUCCGAUCAACUAUAUGAGGCUGCAAUUUUGAAUUGUAAAGGAAGCUAUAUAAGACCGACAAACAAAAUGUGUGUCAGGGUGCUAAACACAUUUCAAAAUCUCGUGUCUGAAAUUGAUGUGCCACAAAUCCUGGGUGUCAAUUGUAUAAGGGGUAUGUUAACACAUAAAUUUCUAUCAGAAGAAUACACUCAACUAAGUGAUCCGUCUCCCGAGCAACCUACCAUAGAUUGUUUUUCAUACCGUUACUACCUAUGUAAUAUUUGGGCGAACGAUGAUUCCACGAGAGAAGCUCUUGGGGUGAAGCGGGGAACAACCAGAGAGUUCAUAAGAUGCAAGAAAAGUAUCCCAUACGCAUCGGAGGUCCCCAGCAGCAUAAAGUACCAUUUCAACCUCACAAGCAGGGGCUAUCGUGCGCUUGUGUUUAGCGGAGACCAUGAUCUUGUGAUACCAUUUUUGAGCACGCAUGCGUGGAUUAGAUCCUUCAACUUCUCCGUAGUCGAUGAUUGGAGAGCAUGGCAUCUUGAUGGCCAAGCUGCAGGAUUUACAAUCACAUACGCCAACUAUAUGACAUUUGCGACAAUAAAGGGUGGUGGCCACGUAUCCAUAGAACACCGACCUAAGCAAUGUCUUGCCAUGGUUCAACGCUGGUUGGAUAAUGAGCCUCUAUGACCUACCCUAUUUAACUUUAUCAUUUUCUCCCUGCUCGAAUCAUGUGGUUUUUUUUUAAUGUACAAUAGAAGUUCAGACCUCCACCAAGUAUUUUUCAAAUGAUGGAUGAGUUCUAUAAAAGAUGCACAUGCACUCGUGGAAAAAUUCCUUUU